AUGAUAAUAAUGACUAUACUGUCUUUAUUACUUACUAAUGCCGUUACUUUAAGACGAGAUAUUUCCAUACUUUUUAAUAGAAUUGUGAUUAUAGCAUUAAUUUAUUGUAUUUUGCAUGAUACAAUGAGUUUAUCUAUUAUAAGUAAGGGGGUAGGUUUACAUGGAGGUUUACUUCAUAUAACCAAUAUAACACAAGUAUUCCAAAUAUUUAUUUUUUUGAUUAGUAUAUUAAUAUUACAAUUAACAAGUUUCGAUCCCAUAAAAAAAUUUUAUAUUAUGAGACAUCCUAGGUUUAUUAAUAAGUGGCCUAGAGCUAUAGGAUAUUCAAUACCAUUAUCCACUCCACUCCCCCCCCCCUUAAGGGGGGGGGGAGUGGAUUUGUUUAUUUUAUUAGACGCAUGUUUACUAUGAGCAAAUUCAGGUACUAUAAGUAGAAGUCCCGAUUUUAUUAUUACAAAAUUAUAUUGUAUAUUUCAUUGCUCCUUUAUUUUAUUAGGAUUAGGUGUAGGUGGUCUACUGUAUGGAUCAAGUACUACAAGUUUGGAUGGUUUAUAUAUAAUCAAUAGUAUCCAAAGUCACGUAAAUUAUAGCAUAAUUAACCCGUUGUACAGGCAUUUUAAUAAAAUCCAAAUUAAAAUGCUUAACAACAAAUUUUUAAGAUUAAGUAUGGGGGCCAUAUUGGCUCAUGCCAAUUAUGAUACAUAA